AUGAGGCUCUGGCUGUGGCUGAAAGUGUUGUUGAACCUGCGUGAGGUUGUGGCUGAAAGUGUUGUUGAACCUGAGGCUGAGGUUGUGGCUGAAAGUGUUGUUGAACCUGAGGUUGAGGUUGUGGCUGAAAGUGUUGUUGAACCUGAGGUUGAGGUUGUGGCUGAAAGUGUUGUUGAACCUGAGGUUGAGGCUGUGGCUGAAAGUGUUGUUGAACCUGAGGCUGAGGUUGUGGCUGAAAGUGUUGUUGAACCUGUGGUUGAGGUUGUGGCUGAAAGUGAUGUUGAACCUGAGGUUGAGGUUGUGGCUGAAAGUGAUGUUGAACAUGAGGCUGAGGUUGUGGCUGAAAGUGGUGUUGAACCUGAGGUUGAGGUUGUGGCUGAAAGUGUUGUUGAACCUGAGGCUGAGGUUGUGGCUGAAAGUGUUGUUGAACCUGUGGUUGAGGUUGUGGCUGAAAGUGUUGUUGAACCUGAGGCUGAGGUUGUGGCUGAAAGUGUUGUUGAACCUGUGGUUGAGGUUGUGGCUGAAAGUGUUGUUGAACCUGAGGUUGAGGUUGUGGCUGAAAGUGUUGUUGAACCUGUGUUGAACCUUGUUGUUGAACCUCUGGUUGGGGCUCUGACUGAAAGUGUUGUUGAGCCUGAGGAUGAAAGUGUUGCUGAACCUGAGGUUGAGGCUGUGGGUGAAAGUGUUGUUGAGCGUGAGGAUGAAAGUGUUGCUGAACCUGAGGUUGAGGCUGUGACUGAAAGUGUUGAUGAGGCUGAGGAUGAAAGCAUUGCUGAAACUGAGGUUGAGGCUGUGGGUGAAAGUGUUGUUAAACUUAAGGCUGAGCCUUUGACUGAAAGUGUUACUGAACCUCAGGUUGCAGCCGUGGCAGAAAGUGUUGAAUCUGAGGUUGAGGCUCUGGCUGAAGAUGUUUUUGAACCUGAGGUUGAAAGUGUUGCUGAACCUGAAUUUAAGACUGAGGCUGAAAGUGUUGUUGAACCUGAGGUUGAGGGUGUGGCUGAAAGUAUUGCACAUGUGGCAGAAGCUGUAUCUGAAAGUGUUGUUGAGGUUGUGGCUGAGACUGUAUCUGAAAGUGUUAUUGAACCUGAGGUUGAUAAAGUUUCUGAGCAUGAGAUUGAUGGCGUUGUUGAAACUGUGGUUGGCGCUUCAACUGAAAGAGAUUUAAAUGCUGUGGUUGAAAGUACUGUUGAACCUGUAGUUGAGGCUCUGGCUGAAAGAGAUGUUGACUAUGUGCAAAGGGUGAUGGGGUCACCACAGGAGUGCCAUGAGGUGCACAUUACUCAGAGAAGCAUGAGGCAGCAGCACUCUCAACCCCAGAGAGUAAGAUAG